GUCUGGGGUGCGGGCAGCGCGGGCUGCAGAGAGCGUUGGGGGAGCGGGAGGAGCAGCAUCAGCAGCCCGGCACCGGUCACAGGCUCCCCCGGAAUAGCCAGCCCAGCCCUGGGCUCAGUGAGCCUCUCUACUGCUCCUGUCAGCGCCAUCAGCCAAUCCCUGGACACAGUGAGCCUCUCUACUGCUCCUGUCAGCGCCAUCAGCCAAUCCACAGGCACAGUGAGCCUCUCUACUGCUCCUGUCAGCGCCAUCAGCCAAUCCACAGGCACAGUGAGCCUCUCUACUGCUCCUGUCAGCGCCAUCAGCCAAUCCACAGACACAGUGAGCCUCUCUACUGCUCCUGUCAGCGCCAUCAGCCAAUCCACAGACACAGUGAGCCUCUCUACUGCUCCUGUCAGCGCCAUCAGCCAAUCCACAGGCACAGUGAGCCUCUCUACUGCUCCUGUCAGCGCCAUCAGCCAAUCCACAGACACAGUGAGCAUCUACUGCUGCAGCAAGCACUAUCAACCAAUAUCUGGAUACAGUGAGCCUCUCUACUGCUAAUGCAUCUGCUUCUUAUUCAUUCAUAUACAGAGACCUGAUCCAUCACACACUGGGCUCUGUGCAUGGCUAUUGCACAGGAUCUCAGAUUACUCAGGGAUCCAUUCUGUAUAGCAAAAGAUCCCCCCUGGACCCACCCACCACCUGCUACUAGCCCCCUGGACCCACCCAGCACCUGUUAAUAACCUUCCUGGAUCUACAUUGCACCUGCUACUGGUCCCUGAAUCUGCCCAGCACCUGUUUAUUGAAAGGGACCCAUACUGCACCAGCUUCUAGCAUCCUGGAUCCCAUCUGGACUGAUUUAUAGAAGAGAUCCACCUAGUACCUACAUAUAGCACACAAUCCCCUCCAUCCUGCAGCGGAAAGGCUCCAGUGAUAACUGGUUGUCAAUUAAUUAAUAGAACCUGCUAUCCUACACCCUCUGUACCUAACCGUACAACCUCACCUCAUCACCGUUUAGAUACAAGAUUGUGUUUCUCCAUAAUACAAUUCUCACCAGAUUUUUUUCAAUAUCUGAGACGAAAGCUUGUAUCAUGGGCACUGUCCUGUCACUGUCUCCGGCUCCUGGCAAAGCAGGCCCUUUGGAUGACAAAAAGCCAGAGGCUCCUGGAGUUGGAGGUGGAUACUCUGCUAUCCCGAACAGUAAAAAUGGGGGCAGCAAACCAGAGAAAAGCCUGAAGCGACACUCUGUGCUGAUCUCUGCCCUCACCUGGAAGAGGCUGGUGGCGGCAUCUGCCAAGAAAAAAAAUGCCAAGAAAAUCAACCCAAACCCAGGGCCCAUCAAUGGACCUCUACUCCCUAACAACAACCCAGUGGAGCAGUUAAAUCAUGAGAAUCUGCGCAAGUCUCAGGCCAGCCCUGGGAGGAGGGAGCCCAAACCUGUACCGGUGCCCACAGUUCCAAAUGGGCCAUCAGAGGGUCAGAAGAUCCAGCAGCAGCUGGUGGCUGUCCAGAAGCAGGCAAGUGGCCGAUCACUAUGUUCGCCACGUCGGGUGAUAGUACAAGCUUCUACAGGCGAAUUACUUCGAUGCCUUGGAGAGUUUGUUUGCCGCAGGUGCUACCGGCUGAAAGAGUUAAGUCCUGGAGAACCUACCAUGUGGUUCCGUAAUGUUGACCGCUCUUUGCUUCUGCAAGGAUGGCAAGACCAAGGUUUCAUAACGCCUGCCAAUCUAGUUUUUGUCUAUCUGCUUUGCAGAGAGGCUAUAGGAGAUGAACUGGCUAGUGAAUAUGAGCUCCAAGCCUCCUUUCUUACCUGCCUGUAUUUGGCUUAUUCAUAUAUGGGCAAUGAGAUUUCCUACCCUCUGAAGCCCUUCCUGGUGGAGACCGAUAAGGAGGUCUUCUGGCAACGUUGCCUGAGCAUCAUUGACCGCAUGAGUGCCAAAAUGCUUCAGAUCAACUCUGAUCCUCAUUUCUUCACUCAGGUCUUUCAGGAUCUGAAGAAUGAAGGGGAAACCAGGGAAUCUAAUGGCCACUGGACUAUAAACUUGGACCGCUAGGGAGGUGGGCUUGGGAUGGACAAACCUGGAUGCAAUUAACCACUGUCCAUGAUCAACCUGAAUACUGAGGCCUAAGUCCCAGGUUAAGGGGCUGCUGAUCAGAAAGCGGACACUUUGACAUUUUGGUUUACUGCUAUUCCGCACUGAGUUUUGGGUGGUUUUGGGGUGCCUCGUGGCAACCUAACAUUGGGGAGCUUUAAACCGUUGAUUUCUUCACUGCCAGAGGUCUGGAACACCUCUUGAUCUCUACUUCUGGUAGUGAAAAGAUUAAAGAAUUAAUACUAAUGGGGUGAGCACUCAUCACUUUUUAUUUUAUUUAUUAUUAUUUAUUUGCUAAGAUAGUCGUGCCACAUGACUUCAGCGUUUUUGAUACCUCACAUCUCCAAGAACAUAAAUGAAAGCUUUGAUUUACUGAUCUGUCUAGGGAUUUAUGGUCUAUUUACUGCACUCUGCUCCAGGUGAUAGUACCAAAUAGAAAUAAUACUGGUUCAUUAUUUUGUUACUAUUGAAUUUCUUUUGGGAACUAAGGCACUUUUGAAAUGCUCUCCUAGGUUAAGGCAUCUCACUUUCAGCAACACUUAAUCCUUGCACCUACUCCCUACUAUACAUUCUAGUACAAUAAUGUCAUUGGCUCCUAAAGGACUCAUGUAGAGAGAUGUCUAUCUAUUGCCUUUAUCUGUGCUACUAUGAAUCACAGUACACAGGGGGGCUUCCUGUAUUUUUUCAAACAUGCAUGUGGCUGUAAAUCAUUUGUGUUGGACAUUUUUGCAUAUUUUGUUGAACUGAAAAUUCUGGAUCACUUGUAAACCCUAUAUGCCAGUUAGCUGAGAUUCAGUUUUAUUUAAUAACCUUGAAUUCACCCUUCUACAAUGUACACGGUGUUUAUUCACAUUUGAUGGAGCCUUCAUGUGACAUUUGGCUGCUGUCCUUAGUGCUGGUUAAACUGGGCAUAACACGUUUCAGAUAUCUAAAACCUCAUAGGAUGUAUGAAUGUAACCGAUUUAAAUAGAAAUGGGGAUUUAAAGAAAACCUAACAGAAAAUGCGCACUAUGUUUGACAAUGAAGCUGUACAAUGUGCCAACGGUGUUCAAAUGUACAAAAAAAGCGUAUUGUUUUAUAUUGUAUAUUUAACAAAAAAAGAAACAUAAAAUGUGAUUCGGGAUUCCUUUUUGAGUACAGUGAUUUCUUUCUUUGUCCUGUUUUUUAAUUUUGAAUGGAGAUCUGUGCUGUGUGGUGGGUGUUGUUUAGAUGGGGGGCUUUGGGUUGCAUGUAUGUGAUUGUGCGGUACCCUAUAGAAUAUGAAUG